CGAUGUUCGACACGUGAUGUAGUUACGAAGAAAGGAAGAAAACGGGAGCACAAAACGAAACAGAGAGAGGACACGGAGAAAAAGUAGAAGGAUUUGGGCUGGCACCUUCUUUGGAUCUUCGGAUCGAAAUCUUUGAAAGGUCAGCUUGUCACUCUUCGAGAUGUUUGAUAUGGGCUGAGGCAGUGGAUAGCUAUUCAGAAUAAUGGGCAAGUCUGGUUGGUUAUUAUGAUAUUGUUGUAUAAGUAUGUCUUGUAUGUAAUGAAAUGUUGUUGAUGAACCGAAAUGGAUAUACUGUGUCAAAGUGUUAGGAGAUCUCUCUUAUUUGGAAUUUCAGAAUGUUAAGUCUAAUUUAUGGUGAUAUGAACUUGUGGUGAAUAGUUGGAGUUCUGAUUGUAUAAUUUAUUUAGCUUGUGGAUUUAUAAAUGUUGUUCAUGUUUGUCAAGUUGGCUUGGGUUGCCAUAAAUGUGAAUUAUCGAGUGAUGUGAUAUAUGAUUAUAAACUGCACAGGUUUUAUGGAUGUGAAUAUGAAUAGAAUGUUUUCAGUGUCCUCAAACGUUAGUUUGGAUCCUGGAUUGGUCUGUGACGAAAAUUUUAAAAAUCAUGGAUAUUUAGAGGGGCGUGACAGAGGUGGUAUCAGAGCAUUGUUUGAGGAUUACUGAAAUAUUUGAUAUGUUGACGUGCAAAAUAUAUUGAGGUCUAAUGAAACUAUAGUGAUUGGUGGAAAUUUUCUUUGAUGUAUUUUAGGAAUCUAGGAUGACGAUGACAUUUAGUCCUCCUACUUCAUCUGAUUUUGAUUAAUUAAGUGGGAUGAAAGGGGUAAUCGGGGAUAUUGAAUCAGAGUGGCGCAGCGGAAGCAUGGUGGACCUAAUUUCAUUGGUGGUAGAAAAAUGAAUGAUGCAAACAGAGAAGAUAUUUGAUGUAUAAAAUUAUUUUGAUGAUCAAAAGAUUUCUUUUGCCACCUUAUAUUGGAAGUAGAGGCUGACUAUUAUUGGCAACAAUGAAAAGAAUUUUUGGAGAUCAGUGACAAGAAUGAUAAGGACAAGUUUACCAAUAAGAAUAUGAUUGGAAAUGAAUCAGAAAGUAAUGAUAAGAGGGUCAAGACAUUUGGAUUUGAAAAGGAAAGUCACCACCAAAGACUUAAUCAUGUGUGAAUUACAAGUUAAAUUAUGAAACAAGUUUGUGUUUUCGGGUGAUUGGAGUCUAUUUUGCUUGUAGAAAGUUGGAUCAUAAAAUAAAAGUUUGCCCUUUGAACAAGAAGAAAGAGUCACUGCCUCCUAAAUCAUCAGCCCAUGUAAGAGUGUAUGCUAUCACUGAAUAUGAUUCUGAAACUUCUGAAUUAGUGGUCAAAGGUAUUAUGCAUGUUUAUGAAAGAAUGCAAAUAUUUCUUCGACCAUGGGUCCAAUCUACGAUUUGAUUCGUAAUAUUUUGCUUAUCACUUGGGUAUUCAACCUAGACCACUACAUUAUGUGCUAUAAGUAAAUACGAUCAUUGGAGAUUCUUUGAUAACGAAGUUGAAUCUGGUCCUCUUGUCUGAUUCUUAUUGGAGAACUUGAAUUUAUGCUGAUUUAGUUCUCCUAGAGAUUUGGAGUUUUGAUAUUAUACUUGGUAUGGAUUGGCUAUCUUCCUAACAUACCAGUAUGGAUUGGUAUAUAACAAAUGAUCACUUUUUGCAUAUUUGAUCAGCCGAUCUUUUAUUUUGAGAGUAUUGGACAUUAUUUAUCUCCUUGCCUAAUGUAUCCCAGGAUGACUUGUUUGGAUUACCUCCAAAUGUGAUUUUGCUUUUGAUUUGGUCCUUGGGACAAUCCUAAAAUCUAAGCCUCUUUACAGAAAGAUAUCAUUUGAGUAAGUGGAAUUAGAAAAGCAACUACAUGGAUUAUUAAAUGAGGAUUUUAUUUGUCUUAAUAUUUCAUCAUGGGGUGCUCCGGUGUUAGUUAAAAGAUGGAUGGAACAUUGAGGCUUUGUAUUGAUUAUAGAUAGUUGAAUUAGGUGACCAUCAAAAAACGAGUAUUUUCUGAAGUAACGACUUGCUCGAUUAAUUACAGGGUACGCAAGUAUUUUUAGAAAUUGAUUGAAGGUCGGGUUACCGUCUAUUGAGGAUCAAGGAGGAGAAUAUUUCGGUCACUCGUGGAUAAUUAUGUAAUUGUAUUGUAUUGAUGAAACUAUUUAAGAGUAGGAGGAGGAAAUAAAGAUAUCAUAAUCCUCAUCUUUUCAUCGAUUGAGUUAUGAUCAAUUUAGAGGACUAAAUUUUCUUUUAAGGGGGGGAGAGUGUAAUAUCCCUCGCUUUUAAAAAUUAUUAAUAAAGAUUUAUAUGUAAAUUGGAGGACCUAUAUGUAAAUAUAGAAAUUACAAGGACUAAACUGCUAAGUUGCAAAAAAAAGAAAAAAAAAGGGAAAACCGAAAAUUCGGUAUUAUCCCACCGCCUCCCACGCACUCUGUUUCUUCCAGAAACAGAGAGGAGCGGUGGGGCAUGAGGAGUGAAGAAAAGAAGAAGAAGAGGGAAAAGAAGAGAGGAGGAAGAAGAGAGGAAGAAGAGGGAGAAGAGAAGAAGAAGAAGAAGAGGAGGUGGCUGCAGCGAGGGCUGCAGCGAGGAGCUGUGGGGCGUGGGGAGAAGAAGAGAGGAAGAAGAGGGAGAAGAGAAGAAGAAGAAGAAGAAGAGAGGAGGAUAGCUGCGGCAAGGCUGCAGCGAGGAGGUGUGUGGCUUUGGGGAGGAAAAGGGUAGAGGAGAAGAAGAGAAGGAGAAGAAGAGGGAAAAGAGAGGCAGCUGCAGCAGCCAGGGCUGCAGCACCUCUGUUUCCCGCAGGUGGAAACAGAGGAGAGGAUGUGUGGGGCGUUGAGGAUGAAAAGGGAAGAAGAAGAAGAAGAAGAAGAAGAAGAAGAAGAAGAAGAAGAUAGCUGCGGCAAGGCUGCAGCGAGGAGAUGUGUGGCCUUGGGGAGGAAAAGGGAAGAGGGGAAGAGGAGAAGAAGAAGAAGAGGAAGAGAAAGAGGUGUGAUACCUCUGUUUCCUGCAGAGGAAACAGAGGAGAGGGUGUGUGUGACGCCGGGGAAGAAGGGGCUGCAGCUGCGGCGAUGGCAGCUGCAGCUGGAAGAGAAGAAGAAGAGGAAGAUGAGCAGGGGAGGAGGGAGAGGUUGCGGCCGUGGCUGCGGCCGCGACUGCAGCAGUUGCAGCGGGGAGAGAAGAAGAAGAAAGGAAGGAGAAGGAAGAGGAGAAGGGAAAGAAGUAGCUGCGGCUGCGGUUGUGGCAGCUGCAGCUAUGGCAGGGAAAGAGGAAGAGAAAAAGGAAAGGAAGAAGAGGGAAAGGGAAGGAGAGGAAGAAGAGAGGAAGAGGAGAAGGGGCUGCGGCUGCGGCGAUGGCAGCUGCAGCUGUGGCAGGGAAAGAGAAAAAGGAAAGGAAGAAGAAGAGAAAGGGAAGGAGAGGAAGAAGAGAGGAAGAGGAGAAGGGGCUGCGGCUGCGGUGAUGGCAGCUGCAGCUGUGGCUGGGAAAGAAGAGAAGGAAAGGAAGAAGAAGAGAAAGGGAAGGAGAGGAAGAAGAGAGGAAGAGGAGAAGGGGUGGCAGCUGCGGCAGUGGCAGCUGCAGUUGGAAGAGAAGAAGGAGAGGAAGAUGAGCAGGGGAGGAAGAAGAGGCUGCGAGUGUGGUGGCUGCGGCCGUGGCUGCGACUCCGGCUGCGGCUGCAACGUUGGCUGCGGUAGCUGCGGCAGCGGUGGUGGCUGCAGUAGCUGGUUUUGGGAAAGAGAAAGAGUAGGAACGAGAGAAGGGAAGAAGGAAAUAGUGCAGUGGAAGGGGGCUGCGGUUGUGACCGCAGUUGCGAUCGUGGCUGCGAUUGUGGCAGCGGCUGUGGCAGCUGCGUUUGGGAAAGAAAAAGAAGGAAUGAGAGUAAGAGAGAGCAGGUGACUGUGCCUCGAUGUUCGACACGUGAUGUAGUUACGAAGAAAGGAAGAAAACGGGAGCACAAAACGAAACAGAGAGAGGACACGGAGAAAAAGUAGAAGGAUUUGGGCUGGCACCUUCUUUGGAUCUUCGGAUCGAAAUCUUUGAAAGGUCAGCUUGUCACUCUUCGAGAUGUUUGAUAUGGGCUGAGGCAGUGGAUAGCUAUUCAGAAUAAUGGGCAAGUCUGGUUGGUUAUUAUGAUAUUGUUGUAUAAGUAUGUCUUGUAUGUAAUGAAAUGUUGUUGAUGAACCGAAAUGGAUAUACUGUGUCAAAGUGUUAGGAGAUCUCUCUUAUUUGGAAUUUCAGAAUGUUAAGUCUAAUUUAUGGUGAUAUGAACUUGUGGUGAAUAGUUGGAGUUCUGAUUGUAUAAUUUAUUUAGCUUGUGGAUUUAUAAAUGUUGUUCAUGUUUGUCAA